AUGAGUGAAGAGAGGGCUGUAAGUAGUACAGAUGCUAUUGAAGAAGAUAUAAAUGCUGGUGGAGAAGAGCACCCUACCAGGUGUUUCCAAGCCUCAGCCUUAUGUUGCUGUAUCCCUAGAAGGCGGAUGUACUUGCCAGGGAGGAGACCCAAGGACAGAAAGAAGAAAAAUGGGAAAAAGAAAACUGCUGAAGAUCUGUCCCUAGAUGUCACCAUGUUUGAGAAAAGACAGCAGAGCAUGGGCCAAGACUAUUGGAGUAUGAUAUCUGUGGGAGACCUGGGUAGUGUACAAACAGAGGGCAUCAAGCCAGCUUUAACACUAUGUACCCAGCCCUAUGCUAGAAAAACUCAAGAUCUCCAUAUCCCUGUGCCUUUAAGCGAUAUCUAUUUGGAAGAAAAGCAAGGAGAAUGUGAUGAAAAAACAAAUGAAAAGACUUUCCAAGCACAGCAACAAAAGGAGGGAUCAGAUAAUCUGAGUGUUUUAUCUUUGGAAAGGGAAAAGAAAAGAGCAGUGGGUGCUAUAUCAGAAGGUGUACCCUUUGAAGAGGGGAAGGGUUAUCUAGUUAUGCCAGCCAAAGAAAGUAGACAACAUGGAAGACCUGAACAGCUGAGUGCAUUGCUCCAGGAAGUAGCCUAUGAAAAGGAGCAACAAAAAGGAGAUCCUGCAAAUAUUAUAUUGGAAGGUGUGCUCUGUAAGAAGGAUCAGAAGGACCACCAAGAUGUGCCAUUCCAGUCUAGAGUACUAAAAGAACUAAACAGCACAUUGAAUGUCAAUGAAAAGAAAUUGCAAGAAGAACAAAACACCAGUUUUGAUUCAGAGGGUGUAACUUCUUUUCAGGAACUGUUCAACCAACCAAACAUACCAUGCAGUGAGGAACAGCAGGUUCUGGGGCAACAAGAUGUUAUGGGUGUCAACCACAAUGUGGAGAAACAAGUGCCCUGGAGCCAGAUGAAUUCUCUGUCUAAAGGAAAUGUGCAGAAGGAGGACCAGACUUACCAAGACAACACAAACCAGGAGGCACAGCAGCCUGUAGAACAAAAAUACCCAGAUAUUUUGUCUACCAUGUGUGGAAAUGAUGAACAAGAACAGCCAGAAGUGCAGCAGCUUCUAGCCUUUGUGAAAGAAACUUCCCCCAAUGAGAUAAAUUUGCUUGGCGAGGAAGAACAACUGCCUAUUAUACCAAAAGCUAUGGGCUUUUCAUUUCAGGACACAACUGGUGAGAAGAAACAGGAAGAAGGGCAAGGCAUCAGAAGCUCUGCAUCAGAUUUUGUUCUCAGCAAGGCAGAAGACCAUAAGUAUCUUCUCCCCCAGGGGAAUUUACAAGCUGUUGCAACAGAAAGCAUGACCACAUUGCCCUUGGAUGUAACAUGUCCAAUGGAUCUGCAACAACUACCAUAUAUAAACUCUUUGCCUAAGGAUGUUGUUGUCCACAUUGCAGAGCAGAAGCACCCAGAUGUGCAGCAACUUCUUUUAUUUGAACAAACUGACACACACCAUCACAGUAUAAUUGAUGAAAAUGAACAGCACGAAGGAAUAGAUUGUGCACAUUUUGGAUCUCAGGGCACUGCCUAUAUAGAAGAACAGGACAAGCAAGUGUCUAUUGCAUCAGACGAUAUUAGUAUGGUGCCUGACAAUAUAAGCUAUGAGAAAGAACAGCAAAGAAAAUUGGACUGUGGAGAUUCUGGCCCUGAAGGCAUUUAUGACAAGGAGGAUCAGAACCACCAGGGUACUCCUUACAUGGAUGUGCAGCAGCCUCUUGUACUUGCAAAGCCGAGCUCUUUGCCUUUGAGUGGAACCUCUGAAUGGUGUUUAAGAAAGGACAACACAAAUACUGGAAACUGGCGACACUCUCUGGAUGAAGAGCCAGAAGCACAGGAUGACCAGAGCAAGAUGCAUAUAUUAGUUUCCUCUAAGGACAAAGAAGCAACACAGGGACAAGAAGAGGAACAGUCUACUAUGUGCCCACAGGCAGGAUGCAACACGGAAGGGGAGCAACUGGAGGCAUGGCACAUCCAAAUGAUUACAUCCAUACCACACGCGGAGCAGCAGCAAAGGGAACGACUAAACCUGGGCGCGACAUGUGAGGAACAUCAGAAGAAGGAAAAACAGGGUCUAUCAACCAUCACAUUCUCUUCUAAUACUAGGGAGGAUGAGGGGCAUAUGUAA